CAGUCAAACAAACUGGGCAGGGCAAUCGAAGUUGGGACAAUUUACGGAGGUUUCUGUUGCUGGAUAGUCGACGACAAUAAGGAUAUGUAUACAGCUAAUAUGUAUAGCAUCCUAUUUUUGUGUCAUUUAGCGUAGUAAGGAGUCUAUCCAUGUCAAAUAAUAUUCUACUUAUACGAGGAGUUUAAUGUAUUUCGCUAGAAAAUUGAAGCUUAACUGAAAACAAACUAACGUUACCCUCCCUGAACUGAGGAUGAUUUUUGCUAAUACUGGAAACCCACUAAGGACUCCGUAUCGCAAACAGUAGUUUCGCACCUUGCUACAGUGAUGUACAAGUGUACUCCAGGGUCUAUCAAUACACUGUGACAUCAGAAGCACACUUCUGACGACACCCAACCACAUCCAUUAGGGAUGCCGGUUGUGGUCAGAGCCAUCUGUUGCCUCAUCAUCACACCCCAUGGCUCCACCCAGCCCAAGCAACAAUAGCAGCAGCAGUAGCACUACAGGUUGGGACCAGCUCAGCAAAACGAACCUCUACAUCCGAGGCCUGUCCCCUUCAACCACAGACCAUGACCUGGUCAAGCUCUGUCAGCCGUAUGGCAAAAUUGUGUCAACAAAGGCCAUCCUGGACAAAACUACAAACAAAUGCAAAGGAUAUGGCUUUGUGGACUUUGACAGCCCCGCUGCAGCUCAGAAAGCUGUGGCUGCCUUGAAGACCACUGGUGUCCAAGCUCAGAUGGCAAAGCAACAGGAACAAGACCCGACAAACUUGUACAUCUCCAAUUUGCCUAUGUCUAUGGAUGAGCAGGAACUGGAGAACAUGUUAAAGCACUUCGGCCAGGUCAUCUCCACACGCAUCUUGAGGGACUCCAGUGGAGGCAGCAGAGGAGUGGGCUUUGCAAGGAUGGAGUCAACUGAAAAAUGUGAUGCAGUCAUUUCUCACUUCAAUGGAAAGUUUAUUAAGACACCUGCAGGUGUUCCAGCACCAUCUGAACCUUUGCUGUGCAAGUUUGCUGAUGGUGGACAGAAAAAGCGACAAAGUCAGAAUAAAUUUGCCCUGAAUGGUCGCGGUUGGGGAAGGGACAUUGACUCCAGACUGGCCGGAAUGACACUGACAUAUGACCCCAGUGCAGCUGCUAUGCAAAAUGGAUUUUUCCCACAAGCAUACAGUAUUUCAAACCGGAUGAUUGCUCAAACGUCCAUGUCUCCUUACAUGUCUCCAGUUUCAACAUACCAGGUGCAAAACCCAUCCUGGAUGACUCAUCAACCCUACAUUAUGCAGCACCCAGGUACUGUGAUAUCGCCCUCUAUGGACCCAUCUAUGUCACUACAGCCUACUUCCAUGAUGGCCCCUCUUGCACAGCAGAUGAGUCACCUCUCUAUGGGCAAUGCAGGAACAUUUAUGGCCGCAAACACAUCUAUGCAAGGAGCAUAUAUCCCACAGUAUGCCCACAUGCAGACAUCAAAUGUUCCUGUAGAGGAAAAUGGUGCACAGUCCCAAGUGGACUCAUCCAGCAAUCAUUCCCCAUAUUCCUACCAACAAACCAAGUAGUGCUGAGGUCGGGUUAGCAGGUCCAGCCCGCCCUUCCAGACCAAAUGCCACGCUCAGGAGCUGGCCACAUACAACUGUUUCCUUAUAGGUUGUUUUGAAUACUUUGGGAUUUUCUUCAAACCAAUUUUUUUAUGAUGUAUUGUUGUAAUCAUUAGGGUGGGCAACAACAUGUUUCUACUCAUGUUCACACAUUCAGUUUCAUAGUUUUAAAAAGGCUGCUGCUUUUAUGGCAAUAGAUUCCAGAGCAGGGUUCAAAAUAAGCAAUAUCCACCAGCCAAAUGCUGGUAAAAUAUGCAAGUGGCUGGUAGAUUUGUUCCACUCACCAGCCAAAAUAAACAAUGGUAAUCUAUUGAGUGGCUGGUAAAAUUUGAACAUUCACUGGCCAUUUGGCUAAUGGAUGACAAAGUUAAUUUUGAAUCCUGUUCCAGAGGCUGAUUUAAAAUGUUACAGACCAAUAAUGACAACAAAGCGUUGUGGUGUUCAAUGGAUCUGUGCUCCAUUAAACAAACAUGCUUGUUGCUUUGUCGAGGGUCUAGAUGUAUUCGCAGCAGCAUUUCCUCUGUAGUUCGCUUGAGUGUGCAACAAAUGUAAAGGGCCGCUGUGAUUAUACUUGAGAUUUCUGUGUAAUGCCUGAAACUGAGAAGUAAUACUGUCUUGUGAGGUUAAUGCUGCUAGUGGUGUCUGAACCAUGUGCCAUAGUAUCUGGGUCAAGAGUUGCAGAGGUGCACAUAAGAAGAAUUGCUCAUAUAAGUAACCACCAUUUUGAACAGUCAUUAAGUUAUAUGAAAAAAAAGUUCUAAUUUAUGAAGAUUGUUGUACAGACAGAUUGAGGAAAUAAGAGAUUUUCAUGGAGCUAUAUGAAAGUUUAUUGGUUUUUCUUUUUACUUGUGCCACAUAAUUGCCAGUGGUAACUUGUAUGUACAGUUUAAGGAAUCUCUCCUCUUUAAUUUUGUUUUUCUGGUGUUUGUUAAAGCCAAAGACCUUUGUUUUCUCAGUAGAAUGUUGCCUAAGGUUUAUUCUUUCCAAUUCUUUGACAUUUUGAAUAAAAACUUUUAACUUUUAA